AUGAGCCAACCAGCGCCCAUCCGCCGGGCCAAUCCCCAGCAACAAAGCUCCACCACAACUAUCACUUACCCAGUCAGCAAUGCUGCCACUCAAGGAUCAGCGCGGGACGCCACUGGCUUUGGCACACAAUCAUCUCAAUACCAAUAUCAAUACCAACCCAUCCCGACCAACGGCAACUUUGAUGUAUCGUUUGCGGGCUCCCAGUUCGCUCAGUAG